AACCAGGAGCGGAAUAAAAUCGGUGAGCCGAAAAAAGGGAUCUCAAAGAGUUCCGGGUCCUAUAAACCUCCGCCUGCGUGCUCUGGGCCUGUUCCCCCCUCCCAGGCCCGCCCCAGCCCAGCGCGCCCCAGGAUGGACCCGCCGCGCGCACCUCUCUUGCCCGCGACCGCUGCGUCCUGCGCCGGAGACCGGGACCGGAAGCUCCCCGCUCCGCCCGCGCGUCCCGCGAGCGCGCCCCCGCCGGAGCUCCUCGCCCCGCCCGCGCCCGGCCCCUCUCCCGGCUGCAGGGCCGCCGGAGCGCGAGAGAGGGCCCCGGGCCCCGCCCCCGCCCGGAACCCGCAGACCGCAAGCAGGUCAGCCGCGGGCCGGGCUCCCGGUGCUGGGACCGCCCAGGCUCUCCAGCUGGUCCCUUUUCAUUGUUUGACAAGUGAGGGAAGGAGAGCUGGAAGAAGACCCAGCCUGGCCCAAAGAAGAGCUUCUCAAAUUGGGGGCUCCUAUCUGCUAUUAAACCGUUGAUAUUCUAGCUGUUUCUACGGACGAUGCAGUGCACAGACGGUUUAGGAAUGACUGGUAGAUAAUUGGAUUGGGGGAGGUUAGGAGUCUGCCCGAAACAUCUUCUUGCCCUAUCUUGGGACAGAAAUUGCAUCUUUAACCAGUCAUUUAAUCUGUCAAAAUGUAAACCCCGCUUCCCCACCCCCAAGAGUAAUCUCGGCGGCCAUAGAACAGCAGGACUCUUAGGGGCCUGUGACGGGACAGGUAACCUGGGAGCCGGG